AUGACGACCCCCCUGGAAAAGGCCCUGGAUGCGAUGGUGUCCACCUUCCACAAGUACUCCGGCAAGGAGGGUGACAAGUUCAAGCUCAACAAGUCUGAGCUAAAGGAGCUGCUGACCCGGGAGCUGCCCAGCUUCUUGGGGAAAAAGACAGAUGAAGCAGCAUUCCAGAAGCUGAUGAGCAAUCUGGACAACAACAAGGACAACGAGGUGGACUUCCAGGAGUACUCCGUCUUCCUCGCCUGCAUCGCCAUGAUGUGCAACGAGUUCUUCGAGGGCUUCCCCGACAAGCAACCCCGGAAGAAAUGA